AUGCACUCUGUGUUCCGGGUUAAUCUUUGAACUAAGCUUUCCAGCUCUGGCCUUGUCUUUAAUCAGCUCGCUGUGCAGCAAGCAUGAAGAUCUCCUGCUUUCUGCUGCUGGUCCUCUCUCUCUCCUGCUUCCAGAUCAACCCAUUUGCUGUCCUUGACACAAGAGUAUGCAUUGAGAAGAGAAACACCUGUCACAUACUCCAGUGCCCAAGAUUUCGUGAUGUAGUCGGCACCUGUUAUGAGGGAAAAGGCAAAUGUUGCCACAAAUACUUUUGAUACAUCAGAACUGGCGAGAAGAAUGUGUAGCCAUUGCUGUAAUACCAAAAAACACACUGACAAGUAGCUUCUUCAUAUUAAACUGCGCUGUCUAUAAAUC